AUGGUCUCGAUUGUUGGCUACAUGGGUGCCAUUCCCAACUUUUCGGAACAGGCGGAAGUGGGAGAUUUGUUUCAAUUAUUCAAAGACACACAGAAAAAGGGGUCCUUGCUGCGGGCUGGUCCAUCUAUCCUCUCCCUGUCCACGUUCUCUUACGAUAUUCACCACCAUCAAAUCAUCUGGGAGGAGAUCAGGACAGGGCUGUUCCUAGACCUUGGCGUCACCAAGGACGGACGUUGA